AUGGAUCCAUCAAAGUUCACAGUGUCCACUCUCAAAGAAGUUUGCAAGCGACGUGAAUUAGUGGGUUAUGGUACUAAGGCAGAAAUAAUUAGGCGCCUUCAAGAGUCUGACCCUAAAAAUGAUUGGUUGGAAGAAGCUGUUAGAAUCCAAACAGACGGUCACUAUAAUCACGAGGGUGAUGAUUCUGAAUUCCACGAUUCAACGAGUCGUCACACACCUGAUCCGAGAAGUCAGUCAGAAAGAAAUAAUGAAAGAGAGAUGGAACUUCUGCGCCGUGAACGCGAUUUGAUGGCGAAGGAACUCGAGCUCACACGAAGGGAGAUGGAAAUUUUACGUCAGACACCAACUCAUUUGACAAAUCAGCAGCCUACUCGACACAUCAAUAUCAACUCAUUGAAAGACUUGUUGAGUGAUUUUGAAGGCACAGGCGCGGAAUUGCGAAGAUGGAAAGAGCAAUUCCAGUUAGUUCUUACCACAUAUGGACUAGAUGAUGAUCAUGGACGGUUGUUGAUGGGAGCGAAGCUGAAAGGAAAAGCCCUGAGAUGGUUCCACUCCAAGCCGGAGUUCAUUAGAAUGCCCUUAAACGAUGUACUCAAGAAAUUUUCGACUAUGUUUGACCAUCAGCAGGACCGAUUAACCUUAAGAAAAAAAUUCGAAAGUCGAAAUUGGAAAUCUUCUGAGUCGUUUAGCGACUAUUUCCACGAGAAAUUGAUCUUGGCGAAUUCUGUACCCAUUGACGAAUCGGAACAUAUCGACUACCUUAUAGAUGGAAUUCCGGAAGCAACUCUUCAUAACCAGGCCCGAAUUCAGUGUUUUAAGGAAAAGAAUAAUUUAUUACAGGCCUUCGAAAAAAUAACACUAAAAGAUGACUCGAAACAUGUCUCAGAAAAUAGGAAAAAUUCCGUUACAUUGAAUUCCAAUUCUGAACCCGAAACAAAAGAUCACAAGCCGAAUAAGAAGGGAAUCCCGACACGAUGCUUCAAUUGCAGCAAACUUGGACAUCUAGCUACGGAUUGUAGGCAACCUGUUAGACCGAAAGGUGGCUGUUUUAAAUGUUUUGAGGUGGGCCAUCAGUGGAAGGAUUGCCCAAAUAAGAAACCAAUGCAGCAGGAAAAACACCAAGUGAAUAACGUCGAAGCAGAGCGUCGAGAGUAUCAGUCACAGAGAGAUGGUCUUGUCGAGAAUCCACUCGACCUUGAAGAGCAUCUUGUACCAGCAGGAAGUAUCUCACCGUAUACAGGUAAUGGUUAUAAUGGUGUAAAUAAUAGCGUUAUUGAUUUUGUAGGUGUGACUGUUGCCUGUGUAACGAUGAAUGAUGUAAGUCAUGAAAUAGAAUUGUUGGUUGUUCCAAAUAUCACAAUGAAUUCUUCGGUCGUUCUGGGUAGAAAUGCUUUAACAAAAUUUAAUUUAGGGUUACGAGCUCUACCCGCACUAGAAGCUGGGGCGAUUAGGGAAAUUUUUAAUAUUAACGUUUCUGAACCCAAUGAUACAAUUGCAUUGGAAAUAAAUCCGAAUAUCGAUAAAAAGACUCAAAUUUUAUUAAAGAAAUUAUUUUUAACUGAUUAUAAAAAUCCAGAGCGACCGGAGAGUCCAAAUGUCAAGACACAGUUGUGUUUACGCUUGACAAGCGAUCAGGUUAUUUAUUUUGGUCCUCGAAGAAUGUCAUUUAAUGAGAAGGAGCAUUUGCAAAAAAUUUUAGAUUCAUUAAUUGCCCAUAAGAUAAUUAGAGUUAGCGAUUCAAUAUACGCGGCACCGAUUGUUAUGGUUCGAAAGAAAAACGGUGAAUAUAGACUUUGUGUUGAUUACCGUUUUCUAAAUAAACUUAUUUUACGAGACAAUUACCCACUUCCUCUCAUUGAGGAUCAGAUCGACAAAUUAUACAAUAAACGGUUUUUUUCUUUGCUCGACUUACGAGAUGGGUUUCACCAUAUUGAUGUUGAACCGGAAUCAGUUAAAUAUACUUCGUUUAUAACUCCUCUCGGUCAGUUUGAGUAUUUGAAGAUGCCUUUUGGUUUGAAGACGGCACCGGCCAAAUUUCAAAGAUUCGUUAACACGGUUCUGGAUGAACUUAUAAGAUCGGGUGAAGUAGUUGUUUAUUUGGACGACAUACUGGUAGCCUCCGAAAAUUUAGAAGAACAUUUUAAAAUCCUAAAAAAAGUUUUUAAAAUAUUGGUUGACAAUAAACUUGAAUUACGUUUAGACAAAUGCACUUUUUUACAAACAGAGAUAGAAUACCUCGGUUAUAAAGUGACAGCUGAGGGAUUGAAACCAACGGAUCAUGGCAUCUCAGCUGUUGUUAAUUUUCCCAUCCCGCGUAACAUACGAGAUGUUCAGUGCUUUCUGGGACUAUGUGCCUACUUCCGAAAAUUUGUAGAAGGAUUCUCAAUUAUAGCUGCUCCUUUUUAUGAAUUAUUAAAAAAAGGAAUUGAGUUUAAAUUUAACGAUCGCGCAUUAAAUUGUUUCGAAAAAUUAAAAACAGAACUCACAGAGACACCGGUUUUAAGUAUAUACGACCCACGAGACGAAACAGAACUGCACUGUGACGCCAGCAAACUAGGUUAUGGUGCAGUACUUUUACAGCGUAAAAAAGACGGACACUUUCACCCGAUCUUUUAUUUUUCAAAAAGAACCACCGAGGUCGAGAGUAAAUACCACAGUUUUGAAUUGGAGACCCUGGCAAUCAUUUACGCUUUAAAACGAUUCCGGAUUUAUUUGCAGGGUAUUAAAUUCAAGAUUGUAACAGACUGUAAUUCGUUGAAACUGACCCUCGAUAAAAAAGAAGUAAAUCCUCGCAUAAGUAGGUGGGCUCUAGAAUUGGAAAAUUAUGAUAAAACGUUUGAGCAUAGAUCGGGAGAAAAGAUGCAACAUGUCGACGCUUUUAGCCGUGCUGUUAAUGUUAUUAUGAUUGUUGAAGACAAUAGUCUAGAGUCAAAUUUAUCUAUCUGUCAAAAUCUCGAUCCGAAAAUUAAAGAAUUACGCGAAAAACUACAAAAUUCUGACGACAAGUUUCGACCAAAAACCAUCGUGUCUGAUAGAGGAACUUGCUUUACUUCAAGUGAUUUUAAAAAUUUUAUCGACGAAAAUAAUGUCAACCAUGUAUUGAUAGCGACAGCAUCACCGAAGGCCAAUGGCCAAGUCGAAAGAAUAAACAGAGUGUUAGGUCCGAUGCUUGCGAAAAUAACCGAGCCAUUGGUGGGAAAACAGUGCG